UAUGGCGUCUCUGAAUACAUACUUGUAUCACCGGACGAUCAAGUGGACGACGCCAUCAUGACGGAGGAUCAGAAAAAUCUCGUUGUCAGUGCAUUUCGAGUCGCGCAGCACAGCGUGGAUUGUGAAGUGCCGAUGUUUAUCCAAUUUGGUCAUCUUGAUAGGCAACUCUUCUUUGGCACAGCUUGCAAUAAAUCGGUGGUUACACAUUUUGGAGGAUCUCAUCUUCGUCGAGCUCAGUUACGGCAUCAUCAUUUGAGUGGGUUGCUGGAAUUGUUCAGAGAGCACGUUAAAUGUCCAAUUUCACUGCUUGAUGCGGACGAUAUUCGAGUAUCUGUGCAAUUUGACUAUAAUGUGAAAGUGGGUGCUACUGGCAAGCCGGGAACUGGCACUCGGGCAAAAGGAGCCACAAUUACAAAUUCGCCUCAGUAUAUCGAUGAUGCUUGCGAAAUUCUUGAAUGUUAUACUUUACCUUUUGGAAGCAAGAAUGAGCCUUUGAGUGAGUUUAAUCUCAUUGCUUCCUGGCCUAAUAUGAAGGAGGAAAUGAUCAAUGAAAAUGAGGUAGAACAUUAUUAG